AUGGCUGUGAGUGGGUUAAACGCACGGCGUGCCAAGGUGCGCGCCAGCAACCACUGUCCGGCUGUCCUGCUCGCGCCACUGGGCGAGGAGCGGGUCUACCGCCAGGCUAUCGAGUGGUGGGAGCGGAUCGACGAGGGACUGCAGUAUGUUGUGGCCACAGGCGACAUCGGGAAGGGCGGCAAGUAUCUUAUUCGCUGGCUCAAUCGGCUGGAAAAGGGCAUCGAGCUCGAGUUUCCGCUGGAGGACUCGCCGGCGGCCCACGCAGUCUCGCCGCGCCGCAUCUCGCUCAUCCGCUCGCUCUUUGCGCUCGCCACCAACGAGCGCUUCUCGCUCCGCAUGCAGCGCCAGAUCUUUAAUCCGCUAGCCAAACUUCUUGACGAGCCCGACAUGGAGUUUCCGGAUCUGGAGAUCGAUUGGCGCCCACUUCACCACAUCGUCACCUCGCUGUACUCCGAGUCGUCUUGCCCGGACGGGAUGAUGCCGUCGGCCUCACACGCCUCGGCGCUGUACAAGGUUAUUUCUCGGUCGCGGAGGCUGUUUCCUCGAAGCACGGCCGCGACUGUCCUGGACGAGGCAAAGCCAUACAUCCAGCCGUAUGCGCCGGGCGUGACGCUCAAGGCGCUCCUGGUUGCCACCAUGUUUGUCCCCGCAUCGCAUGCACCGCUGAAGGAGUGGCUGCCGACCUUGCUGGAGGCCGACAAACUCAUUCGAUCGCGCGAGUGGACGACCCGGCUGCUCUCACUCUUGGUCGAGGCACUGGAGGCGAGCGUGUGCGAGGCGGAGCGCCACGCUGCCGUGGCUGCGGAGGUGUGCAAGCUGUUGCCGGACCUGAUCCAGCGCGGCAUCUCGCGACUGCAGUUGCCUGGCGCGUCAGGCUCUGGACAGGCCGACGUGGCGCUGCCGCAAAGCGGGCAGCAGCUCAUGGUCCCUUCGUCGAUGACCCACCUGCUUGGGCGGUCGAUGUUUUGGAUUGAGCUGGGCAAGGCGUUUGUGAUGGCGGCUGCCAAUGGGAGUGCCGACUCGCCGGCAUACUCUGCGCUCGAAACACUGCUCACCAUGCUCAAGUCCUACCUGCACCCGUCCAACUCGGGGCGGUGGCAGACCGCGCUCGCCGUCCUGCUCAACACGCUGGCGACGACGGUGACCGAGGUGGCGGUGGCUGCGCCCGACGCAUUUGCGGCGCCGAUGCGGGCCAAGUUUGUGCUGCUGAUGGAGCGCCACAUGUAUGUUGCGCUGUACUCCAAGUCGCACAUGCUGACCAAGGCCGGUGUGGCGAUGGCUGAGGCGUGCAUGACGCUCGAGCCGCGGCUGGUCGUGGAGAAGAUGACGCUCGAGCUGACCACCUCGCUCCAGUCGGUCAACGAAGUCCACCGGACUCAGGCUGCUUUGCAGUUACUGGGCGCGGUCCUUGUCCCGUGGUUUGCUCGCAGUGGCUUUGACCAUGCUGGGCUCGGCCCUCGGGUUCAACCUGAGGCUGCGUCACUCGAGCUCUUGCUAUUCUUUAUGGACAUUCUACUGAUGGGUCUCGACCCGAACGACAUGGGCAAGUCUGUGGCCACCAUCCGCACCACGUUUUCGCUGCUCUCGAUGAUGCCACUCGCUGCGCGCGGCACGACCGCUGCCCUGUUCACCGACUGGGCGCUGGCCUUUGUCGACCGCGCGUUCUCGUUCUAUGAGCAAGCCGAGGAUGUGUCGAUGGUGGCUUCCAUCGGCGUCGACGUCGGCGAGCGGGCGUACUCGGUCCGCGGCGGCGACCGCGCGCUGGGCGGAGGCUCGCUGGUUGCGUCUGAGGGCUCAGAUGGUUGGGGCUACUUUUCGGGCGUCAUGGCUAUGUUUGCCGACGCGCUACCUCGCAGCAUGGUGGCCGAUGUCGCGCGGCACGUGCUCCAGCUCAUCCGCGGGCGGCUGAUGAUGAACGCGCUUGAGCAGGUUCGCGACGUCGUCUCGGUGCUGUGCGGCGGCUCGACACUUGAGAAGCAGAAGAUUGCCAUCGACAUUCUCGCUCCGCCGACGCUGCAGAUUGUGCGCGACGAGCUGGCGUCCGGCGCUGGGAGCCAGGCGUCGGCCAACGCGCCGCUGCUGCUGUGGAACUUGAACGUGCUCGCCGGCAUUGCACAGUCGCGGGCGUUUGCGCGCGACUACGCCGACGAUAUCCGCGCGCUCUUGCCCAAGAUUUUUGCGCUUGAGCACAAGGGCGCGGCCAUGCUCGCCGCCGAGUUUGUGCGUUGCAUCCUCACGGCGCUGUCCGAGACCGAUCACGUCGGCAUUGCGGCUAUGGGCCCUGCCGAAGCCGAGGCAAUGCUUGCUAGCGGCGACUCGCCAGAGCUACUCUGGCGCGGCCCGCUGCCGUCGCUGCAAAAGACGCGGCUGGAGCUCGAGUGGGUAGUGGCAGCCGACGAUGCCCACCGCCCGUUUGUCGAGUUUGCUUGGGAGGUCUUUGACUGCGUGUGGGGCGAGGUCGAGACUCGUCUCGUGGCUUACGCCUGCUCUGCGCCAGGCGAAGAGCCGUUGACCAAGGCGCAGCUCCACGCAACGCUUUCGCUGCUGGCGGGCCUGCUACAGGGAUCUGGGCGGCUUCUGCCCGAGAGCGAGUACUCGGGACCUGAUGCGCAGUCGGAGACCGAGACGACGCCACGGGGCGACGCUGCGGGCGGUGGGGACGGCUUGUGCAGCGAUGCACAUGAGGUUCUUGCCCAGGCGCGACCGGCGAUGCUCUCUCUCGAGGUGCUGGACAUGCCGACGCCUGCCCGACGCGGCGGGUGGGGCCAUGAGCAGAGCCGCGACGACAUUGGGCGGGUCCUGCACCAGAUGGCGAGCAAGCUCUCUUCGCAUGAGCUGUCCGAUGUACUUGGAGCGCAGAUUGUGUGCGAGUGCAUCCGUCUGCAUCUCGCCUUCCGCGGGGUGAACAAGGGCGAGGUGUCGAACGCACAAAGCGCGCUUAUCAACUCGCUUUUUGAGACGCCGCUGAUGAACGCACUCUGCAUUGCCUCGCGGUCGCUGGCGGUCAUCCGCACGGGGCUCUGGUGGCACCACUACGAGUUUGUGAACCGGCUUGUGCCGCCGAGCGAGACCAACGUGGCGCUGCUUGACGAUGUGUUUGCGCUGGCGCGCGGGCCACACGCGCCGAUCCGGGCAGCGGCACAGGAGACUCUGGCUGCACUCCUGCCGCGGUUCACUCUCACUCGGGCGCGGCUGCUGGCGACGGCGCUCGACGCGCUCGACGCCCCGGGCGAGGUCGGCGACGACGUGCUCACCGGCUCACUCUACUUUAUCAACCGCGGCCCGGAGCUCAAGUUUAUCAUGACGCGACCGGAGCUGCGGACCAAGCUGCUGGUGGCGCUCGGCAAGACUCAUCGGAUCGAGAAGUUGACGGUGCUGGCGCGGGCCAACGCGCUGCUGCACAAGGUGCUCAGCCUUGAUGUGGCGCCGUUUGUGCAAGCGCCAGGCCCGUCUGGCCCCGUUCCAGGCCAUUUGGCACAAGCUGUUGACGAGCAUGCCUCGGCCGUGACGGCCAAGGCCGAGGCAGCGCAUGCUGCAACGUGCUCGGCGCUCCUCGCAGAGCUCGACGAGCACCCAACGAUGCACUGGCGGCACGUCGGGUUUAUCAUCAUGCUGCUCACCAACGAAAUGCGGACUGACGCGAUGCCAUCGGCCGAGCUUCUGCGGCUCUUCCUUCGCAAGGCUGUGGACGAGCUCGAGUCGAUCCGGAACAUGGCGCUGGUGGGCCUCUGCCCGAUUCUGGUGCUGUUGAGCCAGGCGCUCGGCCUGCACCCGGUCCAUCGGCCGAGCGCGUUCCAGGUCGAGGGCGACGAACUGCCAGAGGCAGAGGUGUUUGGCGACCAAGCGAGCUUUGAGGCGGCCGAGUUUGUGGAUCCGGCAUGGGCUGGGUGGUCUGCAGCGGUACCGUCGACCGCGACGGUGCUACGCGACUUGCGGCCCAAGCAUAAGCUGUUCACCUUUUCCGCCAGCGAGGCCCAGGUUGCCGAGCAGGCACAAGCGCUUGUGGCCGAAGUCCGAGCAUGCUUUGGAGAGGCCGAGUACUUGGUGCGAAUGGUAGAGGUGCAGCAGAUGAGUGAGCGCGGCGAUGAGAUCGGCUUGGCAUUUCUGCCAUCACGGGCGUUCACGCUUUCGCUUGGCUUUGCGCUUGUGGGCCCCGAGACAAUGCUUCAAGUGGUGACGCCAUGUGUUGGGCUUGUUCUGAGCGGUAUGGCCGCGAACGACGCGUCGGCGUGGUCGUCGCAUGCUCUGGGCGCCGAGCUCAUGUCUGCGGUCGGCAGCGCGUCGAUGUACACCCCCGACGUCGAGGCGUGGCAGGCGGCGGGCGAAGUGGUGACGACGCUGCUGCGUGCCGGACUGAGCCUGGCCAAGGACAGCGAAGGGUUUGAAGACUGGAAGGUGGGGCUCUCUGCUCUGCUCGAGGACCACGACCCGCGGCGGUUCGGAUGGCUGCUGAACGAGCUGGCAGCCGCACCGCGGACGGCUUCGACGUCGGCGCAACGGGUCAAGGCUCUGGAGCUUGUGACGCUCAGCGUUGUCGUGGCCGGGCGGCGGAGCGUGCGGUGGUUUGAGCCGCUGCUAGACGAGCUGGCGGCGGCGCGGGCGUCGGAACUGAAGCAGAUGCGCUCGGUGGUCAUGUCGUUUGUAUCGGAGCUGCUGGCGCUCGGGCCGCGGCCGGCGGUCGACGUUUGGGUCUCGGCCCUGUUGGCCGAGGUGCAGGACGAGGGCGCACCUGCCGAAGUGCGGUCGCGCCGGGCCAAGGUCCUGCUCUCGCUCGUCUUCAACUCAUCGUUCAAGGUUGGGCGUGGAAUGGAGAGCCAGCUGGCUCGUGUCGUCCCGCUAGUGGCCAGCGCUGCCGACGACACUGAUCCGGCGGUGCCAUCAUAUGCGCGGCUGACGCUGCGGUUCUGUGGCAAGCUCGCGGUCCCGUCUUCGAUGCUUGAGGAUGUAAUGACAGCGCUCACCAAGUGCCUGGCGGUUCGCGAGGAAGCGUCGUGGCGGGUCCGGCUCUCUGCGCUCUCGGGCAUCCAGUCGCUCAUUCUUGCACAGGCGCCACGGCUAGGAGCGGCGAGUGCUGGCGGGGUCGGGCUCGCGCGUGCAGUGCUUGAUGCACUGCUAGAUCCGCAACGCGAAGUUUGUGAUGCGGCGUCACACACACUCUCGGGCAUGAUGGUGUGUCUGCCGUGGCUUGGUGUCGAGGUCCUGCUGCCGCUGCUGGACGCAGCGGCGCAGCUCCCUGUCCGCGACGUGCGGCGGCGGAACAAGAAGAAGCGUAAGGGCAAGAAGAGCAAGGACACGGAUGGAUGUGCUGGCCCCAGUGCCGUCGACUUGAGCGGGACGCGGCUUGCACUUUGCGAGACCGACGCCAAAGCAGUGGGAGAUCUCGCGCCGGACGAGCUUGACACCCGGCUGCGCAAGGUGCAUGCCGCAGUGCAGGGUCUCAUUGCGCUGCUGCGGACCGAGCCGUACGAGGUGACGGCGUGGAUGGUACCUGUCCUUGUCCGGGUCGCCAAACACCAGGCGUCACCGCUGCCGAUCCGCAGCACGGUCUCACGGUACUACGCCGAGUUCUGGCGGACACACUCGGACUCGUUCCCGCUCUACGCGUCGCUCUUUUCUGCCGAUGAGCUGGAGACUGUGCGGGAGAUGGUGGUUGCACCGACCUACUUUGCCUAACCCUUAACGGUACGAUCGUUCGGACGCGUUGUCGCGCGUCUCAAAUUGAACAACUCGAUGAUGC